CAUUAUUUCUGGCUAUUUUUCCUUACGUAUCCUGCCACAGACUUUUUUUUUGCCUGAAUCAUGAAAUGAUAAAGUGACACAUUAAAGAUAGCUUCAUCAUCUUCUGUUCACCAUUUCUAUUAACAACCAAUAAAUAUCUACAAAGAGUUAUUUGUUAUUGUUAUAAAAUGAAACUUUGCAGCGUAUAUGACCACAUUAGUUCUGAUUACGAACUUGAUCGACCUAUAGCGCAUCUCUUCUAUCGAUUGUACGUAUCUAUCUGUAAUUGUUCCUGUUUUUGCCGGCAAACAAUUAAAAUGCUUCUCGAUAGGCAGGCAACCAUCAGUCAGUACUAUUGCGAAGCAGUGACUCAUUUCUACCGAAAUAGCCACUCGCGUUUCUGUUGUCGUUUAUUCUGCGCAUCGAAUUAUUACAGUUCUGCGAUAAACACUGGCUUUUCCGUCACUGCGUGCGGUACUAUCGCCGCGGUUCUUUUUGCUGCUGUUGGGCAAUGAAACCACUUUUUAGUUCUGUCUUCUUCUGUUGUUUACUGCAGCCACCACAGCCCUCGCCGCUCCAGCGUUGUCCGCUUGCCCGCCAGUUUAACUUAGCAACGUCAUGCACCGUGUCGCCUGUGUGGACGGUAUAAGGUGUUGAUGGGCCUUCCCUGUCGAUCGCUGACGGCAGCCUGCUAGCGGCAAGAGCGAACAAUUUGCAGAGACUGUCAAGCCAACAAUGCCAUUGCCUAAUAGGAGCUGCAGCUGCGCUAACAAAUAGCUAUACAAACGGACGAACAGGCAGGCAGACAGACAAGCAGUUCCACGUACGCUGAGCUGUCGCAAGAGUACAAUUAGUGUCGCUGCUAGGCUCGCACUAUCAUUGACUUAGCUAAGCUUUCUUCGUUUUUCUUUUUUUUCGGCAUAUUCAUACGCUUCCGUCUCGCUACAGCCAGACCCUGUUCAAGCAUUGCUCAUGGCGCUUAGACGUUGACACAAUCAUCAUCAUCGUCGGGACGGAUGGCCGCACCGCAACGAUCGAACAUCUACGAAACGCAUAGCGUCAGUGGAGCGGUGGGCUGUAGCGGUUGACGCUAGUGGCAUCUGCUGGAGUGAGUGGGUUUGUUGUUAUAGACGUGUUGAGGGGUCGUGUACGAGCGGAUGUGUUGAACCAUGCGCGUUUAAAUGUUUCCGAGUGAUAUUAGAGUACUAUACUAAUGUGCUAAGUUGGUAUUGUGAGAAAUCGUGCGGCUAAAGUAGCAACAGUUCAAAAACGAACGAAGCAACGUUUUCUUGCGUGAUCGCCGAGCUCGACGCUAAGGGAUAAACACAGGAGAAACAACAUUGUCUAAAAUAACACUAAUCAGCUAUAGAAGAGAAGGCUAAAUUGGCGGAACAGGUAGCAUCUGCAGUAGUAAAUGAGUGUCAGUGUCGGCCAUGAAAGGGAAAUAAAAAAUAUACGCUGUCUGAGCUCAAUGUUCACUGAUCGUUUGGAACGUAAUGGUGUUUAUAUAUUCAAUCAACAGCAGUAUAUCCAUAGAGAUUUCGUUUUGGCAACUACCUGACCCAGCCCGAUCCAGUUAAGCCCCGGCUGACCGAAUAAUCCAGCGAAUGGAUCAACGUCAUUGUCAUUUUAGUCCUUGACAGAUCCACCAGCAGAAGUCGUGGUUUUCGUACUGAUUGGGAAUCAAACUCGAUCUGGUUGUACAAGUCGUGGACAACGAGUAGCCAGACCUAGUGAGUUAUCAAGUACGCAGGCAACGACGAUGUCCAAGUUUUUGACGUAAAAUGAGAAAUGAGUAGGAGGAGCUAGCUUUGCUAAGCCAUGUUACUCUGGAGUCUCGCGGAUCAUUAUGGUCAAUUUAUUUAGUCCGGCGACAAAGCUUUCUGGCGAAAAGCCCUAUCGGUCUACCCGCCUCAGAUGCAGGACCUACUGAACAUCUUAAGCGGCAAUAACUAAAUGAGCAAAGACGCUGUUUAAUGGCUGAGAGAACACCGUCGCUCACUUCGCAUGUAUAUUUGUGUCUGCGAGUGCGUAUUCGUACAUUCAUACUGGUACUAGUAAGCGUAUGAUUGACUCGCUUCGUGUCAAUCGAGGUAAUAGCAGCGCUCCGUGAGCACACAGAAUACAGGAAUAGCGACAGCUCCCAUUGAGAAAGUCGUAGUCGUGGCGAACCAUUUAAGAAAUCAGUAACGACAAUUGCCAUAGCAGUAAUGAUAGCAAGAAACCAGCUGGACAGAUUGGAGAAGCAAUGUAACUAAAGAGCGUGCGCGAUUACGGCCACCCAACCAUUAGUGUCAGUGUUUGUAUCGUUACAUGACCGGCUGCUUGGUCUUCUCUUUCUCGAUGCCUCGCAUGACAAAUGUGGCAACAGCGUUCGCAUGAAACCCAUUCAAUUGAUUGCCCAUAGCUGCCUGCCUACCUGCCUGCUUCCAACACGACAGCCUGCCACGACUGGUUGUGCCUAUACGAAUGCGUUGCUAACGGCUUAAGAGUCUCUGUGUGUAUAUGUGACUGCUCCCAUAGAAUGUAGGGGAAAAAAGCCUGCGACGCUUCUCAAGCAUGCUACCCAUCUAUCUGCUCUAGCUGUCGAAGCUGGUCGACUCGCAGCCGAGACUAGGCUUCUCCGCCUUUUUCUAGCGGGCUAGUGACCCGGUACUAUAUGCAAGCUGGUCAGACCAACUGCUGCAGCAACUUUAACCGGCAACAGGCCUGAUUCGAACAGCCCAGGUUUAGGGUUUACAGGUUCAGUUGCUUGCGACUGGCAACAAAGCGCAGCUCGUCGUUUAGCUUUGGAGUACAGCCACCUCCCGCCCGAAACGUCCUAUAAUACCUUCUUCUUCGAAAAGAGGUGUGCCUGCUUCGCCAUCAACCAAGCCGGGACGAGGUAAGCAAAAAGCAAACGGCAAAUUCGUCCCACGACGAGCAGACGGCCUUUUUCGGUGGCACCGGUUGUACCUAGCCAUUGCCUACUGACCCUACAGAGCGGUCGUGCGCUGGCAAAUAUCUGAGCAAGAAGAGACCGACAUCGGCACUGAAAAAGGGUCCAAGUGCUUCCGUCAAAUUUCCUUACGUUUUUCGAUCGACGGAAUUGAUCUCAAGAUCUUGAGCGAAAUCGUUGUUGGACUCUACUGAAGCAAAGCUUUGUGUGGAUACCACUUAGCUGUGGUUAUACCGUAACUCGUUUCAACGUGCAUACUUCCAUGUUGUUUGAUAUACACUACAUUUAACUCGCUGUGGAUUUUGUGCAUCGUCUUGGAUUGAUUAAGUCGUGACUGACUUGAAUCUCAGCAAAGUAGAGGAUUGAUCACAAUGCAGACUCGUUCCCAAGUUACCACGACCACAACGGUCACUGGAACUACCUCAAACGGGUACCUUAGCCUCAACACUGGCUAUCUUCGUACCAUAAACGGGUGGCUUAAGGUUGCUCAGAUAGGCACCGGCCUAAUUGUCCUUCUAUUGUUAGUGUUCUGGAAGUAUACGUGCAGUGUUUCCUGGGGGCAUUUUUUACAGCUAACCUCGUUCUGCUUCUUUACGAUUACGGCUCUUAUGCUCUUCUCGUGUGUGGCAUCGUUGUCCGGCAUGACACUGCUUACAACUCUCUUCUACCUGAACUAUCAUAUUCUCGGCUUCACCUACUAUCUGUGUGGAGCACUAGCCGUAGUUAUUCAAGCUCCUAGCAAUCAGGAUGCCGGCCUUGGUAUCGCCGCUGGUGUAUUGGGUCUUCUGAAUGCGUCAUUUUAUGGAAUUGAUGCUUUGUUCGCAUUUAAGGGACGUCUGAAUUAAGCCAUCGCCGACUUCUCACUCAUACUUCAUCUCCUCCUAUCGACAUCAAUUAGACGUAAAGCCCACCGGAAUAACGGGUAAACGACGAGGGCCAUACUUCGUUCCAGAGCCAUACUCAAACACCUUCCGUAUUCAUCCGCAGAGGAACACCUCCUUGUAUACUACCCACCCACGUGAUCUAGCAAUGUUUGUUUUUGGGGAGGUGAUGAUUAAAAGAGCUGACGGGUUCGCUGUAGGUCACAAGUGAUUUGACUUUCUGAAAAAUAAGUCGACUGAGCUUUAAAAAGGUACCGAAAAUCUUGAUGAAAAAGGUCAAACCUGCACCGUAGUGUUAAUGCAGUCCGAAUGCAGUGUAUGAGUCUAUUUUCAUAUGGAUUGAGGCAUGGCCACUGUUUCCCUCGUAUGUCAAACAAGGGCUUUUGGACAAGUUGUGACCAGCCGAUCACAUGGCACUGACUAUCCAUAAGAAAACAAAUUGCAUUUACCCCGGUCAAUCAGGAAAUUUUCAAUAGUGUUCCGUCGACAUCAGGAUGGAUAAUGAACUAAUUGUAUGGGGAGCAACGGUAUAUAAAUAGAAGAUCUAUCAAAUCAUGCUAUAAUUUAAAUAGGUAGUCUGAUGUGCGCGUGCUCAAUUUUUUUGAUUGCAGUAAAUUGAUAUUGGUAACGACAAUGAUACCGAUUAGCUUUGAACUUUCGCUAAAGCUCGGACUACAGAACAUUUAAAAAAAUUCCGUUUUGUUUGUGAUGAAAUUUCCGAUUCAUAUUACAUAAACUUUUCAAAGGCCUUACAUAAAACCCUCCCAUGAUUGGUACAACUUGUAAAAUGGCUUUAGGAUUACUGCAGAGGACUAUAAUGGCUACAACGUAUAAGUCACUGCGACUGAAUGGGUUGAGCAAUUGAAUCUAUCGGAAGCGUACUCGAGGUACUUUUUUCCUAUUGGGAUGAAAUUCUGCGUUAAAUUUUAAUUGAGCACCCUAUCUGUAAAUAGUUGGAAUGACCUGAAACGCCUGUAUUUCGGUUAUGUACUGCACUUCUGGAGUAGAAACAAACAACGAAUAAAGACAAUAGUAUACUUAAUAUAUCCUUAAUAACAAGGUACUUACAGUAGAGUUUUUUGAAGGAAAUCUAUUAAUUAAACUGAAUUUAUCCGUGCGUAGAAUAUUUAAACUACUCGUUGAUAUACAAAUGCAUUCAAUAGUCAAUGUGCUUCAGGUGCUAUUAAAAAAAAUUGUACAGGUCGAUCAGAAAGGUAACACCUUGUCUCUUUUGUGACGCUUGGAAAUGUUUAUGCCAGUAAAAAAAGGUUAGCGUACAACCUAAACCUUAAUGCACUAAGAUGAGUAGGCUGUUAUGAGUGCCUUUAGUAAAUGAAAGCAUUUGCAUAAUUGAAUAUAUUUAACUUCAUUAAAAUUGUUUUCGCAUUAAACAUUUGAUUUCUAAAAUGGCAGAUAGGAUCAAAUUGUAACUUCGUUGAGGACAUGAGGCUAGUUACGCAUCAUGUAAUAUUUUUAUAACGGACAUGCACGUUGAACGAUGAAAAGAAAAGUUGAAGUGAUGACAAAGCAGACCAGAAAACGCUACUGCCAAAUUUUUGAAUAAAAAUUGAAUUUAGUAUUAUUUUUAUGCCGUUGUAUGGUAUCGAUGUUAGAAGUGCCCUUAUAAAGGCGCCUUAUACCUGUAGCGCCAUCUUGACUUGAUUUCAUGUUUUCACAAUACAUUGGUGUAUAACGUAGCUCCGUAUUUCCUGUUUGAAAUCUUCAAAAGGCCGUGAAAUCUUCGUCCCGUUUUUUGCAUUAUGGAAGAAAAAUCGCCUGGAUGAAUUAACUCAUAGCUGGCGUAUUCCAUACGACUUUUAUAAAUAUUGAAUCUCUUUAUUAUAAAAGGUGAUUUCAUAUAUUUCUAAUUUUCUCUAGUCAACUCCUUAGGGCAGUUUUAAAAAUCUCUAAAAUGAACAAGCCACUAAAAAAAUAUUCCAGUUCUAAAUACACAAAUAUUACAUUUUAACAAGUAUUAUAAAAACCAGGCCAAUAACAGUGAUUAAACAACAGGAUUCUCAGUGACUUAUUUUGCCUGCAGUGAUGCUACAAGCCAACAGACCCAUAUUGAAGUGCUUCAUACAUUUACAAUAGUUUGUGUUUUGGAAGUCUGUCGACAAUUCAAAUCAGACUUCAUUGUUGCUCAUCGCCAGUCGUUUCUGUAAACCUGCGUUCAGGCUACUGUGGCUUGAUUUUACUGUGGAAGCAGACAAUUAAUUCAGUUUAAAA